GUACUUGCAGCUGGCAAUGCCACAUACAAAGUUCCCUCGAAUGUAUAACAGUUCUAACACAGGUGGGGAUAUUUCAUUUGCUCUGCGCCUAAAAACAAACCAAUAAAUGUGUCAAACAGAGAAUGCAAUUUCUUGCUGCUUCUUCCCGUUUCGUACGCGUAUCGUGUGUGUUGUACUUUUCCUCAUCGUCGUUGUUGAAAUUAAAAAUCUAUUGUUUUUAACUUCAUAUAAUUUUUUUGUUUAUCGAACGAACACAAAAGCACAAAACAACGAAAUUGUUUCUUCCUCGUUAUCGCCGACAACGUAAAAUCGUUAAAUUUCUCGAAAAUGUGGCCCAAACGAAUUGUGAACAACGAAUUUUUCGCCGUGUGUCGGUUGUGAAUCUCGGAACAAACGAAUAAACGAACAAAUCGACAAAAGAAAAAUUAAUCGAGUCAACUUUUAGGCGUAUAUACGUCAGCUGAAAGCUGAAAUCUGCAAGCUGCUAAUAAUUCAAAAGAUGGCAAGCGUCAGUUGAAGUGAACAAAUUUAAAACGUGUUUAAAACAACAAGAGUAACAUAAUAAGUAAUUUUAUUAAAAAGUGUUGAAGUAAAUUAUUGAAAGCGAACAGUGUUUUAUAAAGCWGAAAGAAAGCAAGUGAACGUGGGCGAUACUUGCUUUACUUUCACAAAAGCUUUGAAAAAUUCCCGUUGUACAACGCCUCAACGCCUGCACCGACACCACCAACAACAGCGYCUUUGGCAAAACUACAGCAUCACUAGUCAAAUUGUAACGCAGCAUCAUCAGCAGUUGUCACGAUGGCCGAUAAAGGAAAGGAAACCCCCAAAAAUACGGAACAAAAGAACCAAGUGACUCGCGCCAUGCCCGAACAGAGCAAUGACUAUCGUGUUGUUGUGUUUGGUGCCGGUGGUGUGGGUAAGAGUUCGCUGGUCUUACGUUUUAUUAGGGGCACCUUCCGCGAAACGUACAUACCGACCAUUGAGGACACCUAUCGGCAGGUGAUUAGUUGCAAUAAAAACAUUUGCACACUGCAAAUAACGGACACAACAGGCUCACACCAAUUUCCGGCUAUGCAAAGACUGUCGAUAACCAAGGGUCACGCGUUCAUAUUAGUCUACUCGGUGUGCUCCAAGCAGAGUUUAGAGGAGCUGCGACCAAUUUGGCAGAAUAUUAAAGACCUUAAGGGGCCGGACGUUGUCAAUAUACCGGUAAUGUUGGUGGGCAAUAAGAACGAUGAAAGCACUGAGCUAYGUGAGGUGACACAAGCCGAGGGGCAGGCACAGGCCACCGCCUGGGGCAUAUCGUUUAUGGAGACAUCGGCUAAAACCAAUCACAACGUCACCGAAUUGUUUCAGGAGUUGCUCAACAUGGAAAAGUCGCGUAUCGUGUCGCUGCAGUUGGAUGUCAAAAAGCAUAAGAAGCAGAAGAAGGAGAAGAAGGUCAAAGAGAGUAAUGGUGCUAUACCGGAAAACGGCGAGGGAGCAGCCGGUGCCAAGGAGAAAUGUCAACUCAUGUAAGGCUGUCAGCGUGUAGCGCAAAAAGCUUAACGCGUUAACUGCGCUUAGCUGAGGUAACRGUGUUGUCGGAGUUAGUGAAUGAAUGGCCGCGUUGAAAGCCCAACUUGCGCCUUUCCGAAAAUGCAAGUGUUCCUGAACGCGCCAGCGGCAUUCGGGCAAGUUUGUUGACAAUUAUACUCGUUUUGAAUUCACUUCAAAUUAGCUUUAAAAAGAAAACACUUUUAACUUAUACUCAAAUGUUACAUAUUUUAAUUAUUUAUUUAUAUUUAAUAGUAAUUUAGGCUAAUCAAGUGCAUAUUACACCAUUAUUUAAGCAUUACAGGUGUAUAUACCUAUACAUAUAUAUAUACUAUAUACUGCAUAUACAUAGCUGCAUGUAGAGUGCAUUUGUAAAUUUUCAUAUAUGUUGUUAAGAUUUAUUAGAGCGUACCAAAGAGAUUUUCAGGGGCCAUUUCAUAAUUACAUAGAAACACAAAAAACAAUUUUUGCACAUCGAGUGAAGGAAGUGCAUGUAAAGGAAAAAUGCGUGAAAAUAGAUUUAAAUCUAUACCAUAUAUACUUGCAAAGAAGUCUGCUGGAAAGUUCAUAAAUAUUUUAGUUUUUUAAAGCAAGCUCUCAAUGCGUCAAGAAAUUAAUAUAAAUACAUAUAUAGACUCAUUUCAUCGAGUCUUUAUUGCAGAGCRCAAGCCGACAAAAUUUUAAAUUCUGCCCUCUCCAACAUAAAAAUUAAC